AUGCUGGCCAACAUCAUAUUUUACCGGCGAAGUACUGCACGCGCCUGGUACGAGACGCACGAGGAAGACCUGACGAGUUGGGACGUGUGCAAGCAGCGUGACUUGUUCGGCUGGGUGGUGUCGACAUGCCUCCUGCUGUACCUCCUUCAGAACAUCUCAGGCGCCCAAAUGUGUCUGCUGCGUGCUGUUCAAGUGAUGAGCAACGUGGUGGUAGAAGUACCACCACAGUUCCUGGCCGUUGUGCUGGUUUUCUCGCACCUCGCAUGCACCACCCUGGCCACAGCCUUAACGCCCCUCACAAAUCGUCGCACGCAGCUCGGAAUCUCAGCCUUCCUGGUUGCAGUCACUCUCUUCAUUUUUCGACCGCUGGACCACCUAACAUUCACCCACUGGUCCGUGACUGAACAGUCUGGCAAGACGAGCUGGGGGGCCGCGUUCUCCAUCGGAAUGCUCGUCGUGGCCUACUCGGUGGGCGUGUGCCACCUGCCGACGCUGCUGACCGGCGAGCUCAUGCCUUCGAGGAUACGUUUGCUGGGUUCGUCCAUCGUGUGGUCGUCGCGCUGGCUCUUGGCCUUCCUGGUGCUGUACUUCGACGUCGACGUGCUCACCGCAUUCCAGCAGAAGGGACCGUUGCUGGCGCUAAGCCUUACAGUGGCAGUUGUCGCCGCGACAGCCAUAUACCUUAUCCCCGAAACUGAAGGUCGUUCGCUAGGCCAGAUUGAACACGACUAA